UUUUAUUUUUUUUUUUAUUAUUGUUCAGAUGCGCUCUUCCGUCAUCUUCACCGUCGCCAUCCUCGCCGCGCUCGUUGUGGCCUCUGGCUCUGUCGCCCACGGCCAGAAGCUCGUCCCCAAGUACUUCACCCUCCUCUUCCGCGGCAGCAUCCAGAACGCUACCACCGACCCCAUCCACGCUGCGGCCACGACCACCAAGUUCCAGACCAGCAUUGACCCCAACCUUGGCUUUGUGACCACCGUCCAGUCGCUCCCCGGCCCCCUUGCUGUCUGGGACGCCACCAUCUUCGACUACAAGCAAAACCCCGACUUCUCUGCCACCUUCAGGGAGAACGGCACCAUCUCGUUCGGCCUUCACGACGCCAAGCCGCACGUUCUUCACGUUGAGGGCGAGGGUGCUUUCCGCCCCGUCACCAGCACCUCGUUCGUUGGCACUGGUGCUUGGCGCAUUGUGUCUGGUGAGGGUCAGUUCGCUGGCGCUACUGGCUUCCUCUCUGCCACCUGGUUUGGCGAGAUCGACCCCAAGGAUCCCACCCGCCUCGACACUGAGAACACUGUCACUGGCAACUUCUUUGUCAACGCCUAAGCAGCGUGGCCCCUUGGCCCCUGCCUCCUCUGCGUCUGCCCGCUUGUUGUGCAUUUAAGUGCGAGGAUGUGUGCCUCUAUGAUGAAUGUGUUCCAUCAACAAAAGACUUGGAAGGAAGUGUAAAAUGAGCAUCAAACAUU